AUGCGAUUGUCGUGGUUUCUGAUUUCCUUAUUGGCCAUCGGUGUCUUCGCCGACGAAAAGAAAGAAGAAUCGACUACUACAGUCGAACCAGUAACAGAAGCAAAGGAAAAAGUUGAGGAACCCACAAAAGCCACGAACGAAACCAAGCCUGUAAUCCGAGCAAAGAGACAGUGUUGUUAUGCUCAACAGACUAGUUGUUGUGCUGCUUCUUCUUCAAACAGCUGUAACUGUCAAGCUCUUCAAAUUCAAGUUCAACAAUGUGACUGUGCCAAUAUGCUCCAAAACCAAUGUGGAUGUCAAUCUGCUCCAAUCUCUUCCUGUAACUGUGGUCAGCUCCAGCAACAGUACUCCAGCUGUGGAUGUGGAGCUUUAACAUACCAGGUAUCCUGUAACCAAUGUCAACAACAGCAGCAACCUCAAAUCAUCGUUGUUCAACAACCUCAACAACAAUGUGCUCCAGCUUGCAUGCCAUCGUGUCAACCUCAAUGCGUUCAGCAACAGCAGCAACAGAUUAUUGUUGUCCAACAGCCACAACAGCAACAAUGUGCUCCAUCCUGUAUGCCAGCCUGUCAACCAACCUGUGUCCAACAGGCUUGUGCUCCAGCUUGCCAGCCAAUGUGCUCAAACCAGUGUGUUGAGCAACAGCAACAGCAAAUCAUUGUCGUUCAACAACCUCAACAACAACAAUGUGCCCCAUCCUGUAUGCCAGCUUGUCUCCCAACUUGCGUUCAAGCUUCUAACUGUGGAUCCAACUGUAAUCAGCAAUCUCCACAAGUUAUUGUUGUCCAACAACCACAACAACAGCAACAAUGUGCUCCAUCCUGUAUGCCAGCCUGUCAACCAACCUGUGUUCAACAAGCUUGUGCUCCAGCCUGCCAGCCUAUGUGCUCAUCUCAAUGUGUUGAACAACAACAACAACAAAUCAUCGUCGUUCAGAAACCCCAGCAACAACAAUGUGCUUCAUCAUGUAUGCCCGCCUGUCAACCAACCUGUGUUCAACAAGCCUGUGCUCCAGCUUGUCAACCAAUGUGUUCUCAGCAAUGCGUUGAGCAACAACAGUCUCAGAUCAUCGUUGUCCAACAACCAAGCCAACCAUCAUGCAGCCCAGUUUGUCAACCAGCUUGUCAACCCCAAUGUGUUCAACAACAACAAAUCUGUGUUGCUGCUUGUGAACCAAGUUGUCAGAGCUCUUGCAGCUCAAAUGCUCAAUGCGUUCAAUCAUGUCUCCCAUCUUGUGAGGAAUCUUGUGUUCAACAAGCUCAACCAGUCAUUGUUGUUCAACAAUCUCAACCAUCAUGCCCUCAAGCUUGUCAACCAGCUUGUCAACCACAAUGCGUUCAACAACAAACUGUAUGCCAAUCAGCCUGUCAACCAAGUUGCCAAAGUUCGUGCGGAGGAAACACCCAAUGUGUUCAAGCUUGUCUCCCAAGUUGUCAAUCAUCUUGUUCCGCUCAGCAGCAGCCACAGAUUAUUGUAGUUCAGCCACAACAGCAACAGUGUGCUCCAGCUUGUCAACCAGCUUGUCAACCCCAAUGUGUCCAGCAACAAAGUAUCUGUGUUCAAGCUUGUCAACCAAGUUGUCAAUCGAACUGUGGAGGAAACGUACAAUGCGUUCAAACGUGUCAAAAUAGCUGUGAACAAUCAUGUGGACAGCAGCAAGUAGUUGUUGUUCAAGCUCAACCAAUCUGUGGACAAGCUUGUCAGGCUCAACCUGUCAUGCAAUGUGUCCCACAAUGCCAGCCAGCAUGUCAGCCAUCAUGUAUCGCUCAAGCUCAAUAUGUUCAAAUGCCCGCGAUCACCAUGUGUAACCAGGCUUCCAAUGGAUGUGCAUGUGGCAGCGGAUACUCACAAUGUAUGCAAGGAGUUUGCUGUCUCCGAAAACGACACCGUGUUGCUAAGAGCAAAGCUUAA